GACGAAGUAAGUUGUUACAAAGAGCUGCACGACAUAUUGCAUGGCAAAAAUAACUUAUCAGAAGCGGCGAAUGUUGAGAAGGAACUGGAAUAUAUAUACACUGAUUUGGAACAACAGGAUGAUGAGAUUGACAGGGAAUGUUACGAAUCUUGA